AUGGCGGCGCAAUCCUCCACAAAAAGCACACGAAAGAAACCAAACCCAUCACGAAAGAGUAAUCCGCCACAAAAUCCAAACCCACCAUACGAUCCAAGUACACUACAAGAUCCAAGCACGCCAUACGAUCCAAGUACACCAGACGAUCCAAGCUCACCAGAAGAUCCAAGCAUAACAGACGAUCCGAGUCAGUCAGACAAUCCAAACCAAUCACAAAAUCCAAGCAUACCACACCAUCCAAGCAUACGAACCAAUCCAAGCGCACAAUACGUUCGAAGCCUACCAUCUAAGCCAAGUCUAAAACAUAAACCAAAGUCAUUACACAAUCCAAGCACACCACGCAAGCCAACUUUACCACACAAACUAAACCGACCACACUAUCCAAUCUCACCACAUAGACUAACCCCAAAACAUAAACCAAGCCCACCUCACAAUUCAGGCCCUCCACAAAAGACAAGCACAUCACACAAACCAAGCAUACCAUCCAAGUCAAAUUUACCACACAAACCCAACCCACCACACAAUUCAAACCCAGCGCAUAUUAAAAAAUUACCACUUAAAUUAAGUUUACCACACAAACCAAGCGUAUCAUAUAAAUUCAGCCCGGCACACACGCUAAGCCCACUACACAAACUACGUUUAUCACACAAGCAGAAUUCAUCUCACAAGCCAAGCCCUCCAACUAAGCCAAGAUCACCACAAAAAUCAAGCCCAUCUCACAAGCGAAGUUUACCACACAAGCCGACCCCACCACACAAUCCAAGCUCAGCACCUAGACCAAGUCGACCACGCAAUCCAAGUCCUCCACACAAUGCAAGCCCUCCAACUAAGUCAAUUUCACCGCGCAAUCCAAGAACACCACACCAACCAAGUUCACCAUACAUGCCAAGAAUACCACACAAGCCAAGUUCACCACACAAGCCGAGCCUGCUAGCCAAGUCAAGCUCAUCACCUAAGCUAAACACACCAAACAAGCCAAUUCAAAUACGGAGACAAAAUCAAUCACUUAAACAAAACAAGCUAAAUAAACAAAUUAUACCAACCAAACCAAGCAAACCUAGCAAACCUAGCAAACCUAGCAAACCAAGCAUACCAAGCAAACCAAGCAAACCAAGCAAACCAAGCAAACCAAGCAAACCAAGCAAACCAAGCAAACCAAGCAAACCAAGCAAACCAAGCAAACCAAGCAAACCAAGCAAACCAAGCAAACCAAGCAAACCAAGCAAACCAAGCAAACCAAGCAAACCAAGCAAACCAAGCAAACCAAGCAAACCAAGCAAACCAAGCAAACCAAGCAAACCAAGCAAACUAAGCAAACCAAGCAAACCAAACAAACCAAGCAAACCUAGCAUACCAAGCAUACUACGCAAACCAAGCAAACCAAACACACCAAACAAACCAAGCAAACCAAACACACCGAACAAACCAAGCAAACCAACCACACCAAACACACCAAAUAAACCAAGUUCACCACACAAGCCGAGCCUGCUAGCCAAGUCAAGCUCAUCACCUAAGCUAAACACACCAAACAAGCCAAUUCAAAUACGCAGACAAAAUCAAUCACUUAAACAAAACAAGCUAAAUAAACAAAUUAUACCAAGCAAACCAAACACACCAAACAAACCAAGUUCAUCAUACAUGCCAAGAAUACCACACAAGCCAAGUUCACCACACAAGCCGAGCCUGCUAGCCAAGUCAAGCUCAUCACCUAAGCUAAACACACCAAACAAGCCAAUUCAAAUACGCAGACAAAAUCAAUCACUUAAACAAAACAAGCUAAAUAAACAAAUUAUACCAAGCAAACCAAGCAAACCAAGCAACCAAGGCAAGCCAACCAAACCAAACAAACCAAGCAAACCUAGCAACCCAAGCAAACCGAACAAACCAAGUAAAUCUAGCAAACCAAGCAUACCAGGCAAACCAAGCAAACCUAGCAAACCAAGCAAACCAAGCAAACCAAGCAAACCAAGCAAACCAAGCAAACCAAACACACCAAACAAACCAAGCAAACCAAGCAAACCUAGGGAACCAAGUAAACCAAGCAUACGAAGUAAACCAAGUACACCAAGCAAACCAAACAAACCAAGCAUACCAAAUAAAACCAAGCAAACCACAGCAAUCAAGUUAACCAAGUUAACUAUAGAAACCAAGACAGUUAAAAAAAGAACUGAAGAAAAACACAGGAGAUAA